CAGGUACAAAGAAUUGGUAACCAUGACAACUAAAAUGUGAUGUUACCGUGACAACUGUGACAACGCAUAUGAAAAAUCUGAAAAUCACUAUGGAAUUAAUUUAUAAACUUGGAUUGCUUUGUCUUUGGACAACAUUAGUAUGUGGGGACUACAAUAAUGGUCAAACUGAAGACUGGCCAGUCAAUGAUGAGGCCAUCAUAAACCCUGAAGUUAGGGGAACUAGAAAUGGAGGAAGAGUUAUUACACGUGUUGUGGAAGACAGUUCUGGAAGGUUAGUGUUAGAAAGGGAACGUGCUCGAGAGAGUCAUCGUAAAGCAUCAAAAGCUCCAAAACCACCCCCAAAAUCAUCAUGGAAACAUAUUGAGGCUCUUGCAGCUGAGGGAGCAGCCAUGACGGAAUCUCCUAAGCCAAUUAAACCGAAAAAAUCAAUCUCGAAUGAUCAGCCGAGAAAGAAAAAACAUGUCCAUGGGCAUCAUGAUAAACUCGGUAGGAAGCGGUCAUUAAUGAAACACCACAUGCAGUUAGCGCAGGGGGAGGAUUCCAAUAUAGUUCCAUUUACUCAGACAGGUACGGAGCAAACUACUGAACCCCGGGGACAGUACAAACGUUAUCGUAAGCACAGGAAAACAGAGUGGGGAGCCGGAGAUGUCGAUACAAAUGAUUAUACGGGCGAUACAGACAAUGGAAAUCACCAGAAAAAAUACGUAACCUACUCCCAAAUGAGACAACUUAAAACUGACCUAACGGCAAAAAUAAAGGAACGUGUUCGAAAGGUCCAUCAGAAAUCUGCAAAUUUGGUGAAAGAGAAAUUUGCAGCUGCCAAUGAUAUGAUCCAAGGAGUUAAGAAUGGCCUCGAUACUUUCAAAUCCAUCGCGACCAAUUUAGAACAGCUUGUUGUUGAUGAACGAUUGCAAGUUGACGCAUUAAUCGAAGAAAACAAAAAGAUGAGAGAAUCGAUUGCAAAACUAGAAAAGCGUAACCAUAGUGACCCGAAUGUUAAAUCGUUAACAAGAGAUUUGGGUCAGAUGAAACUUGAACAGAUAACGUUAAAGAAUAAGCUACAUCACAUGAAUAAGAAAUAUAGCAAACUCCACAAUUUAUUGAUGUCAUACUUUGAAAGCAACGAACAACUCGGAAACAUUACGAAUGUUACACUUAAUGACGCACUUGCGGAGCCAAAAUGCCCAGAAUCCUUUGUCCAAUAUGGCGAAAACUGCUACUUCCUGUCACGGAGAUAUUGGGAGUUAUCGUGGAUGAAAUCUAAAUCUUAUUGCGAAGAGUUGGGUGCCCAACUGGUUGCCAUAGAAACUGACGAAGAAUUUGAAUUUUUGCAAAUUCAAAUGAAAGGAAAAGAAAAUGGUCUGUAUUGGUGGACUAGUGGGUCUGACAGAAAAGAGGAUGGUCAUUGGAUAUGGGAAUCAACGAAUACUGAUUUUGAAAUAACAAAUGCCUGGGCACCUGGACAGCCAAGUAGCUCACAAUAUUACCCUAAGAGAAACUGUAUUGGAUUUUACCGUGGAAAUGCCAAACUGUACAACGAAGAUUGUGAAAAAGCUCCGCAGUUUCAAUCUAAUGGUUACAUAUGCGAAAGAGCUCUUCAGUAA